AUGAAAGAGACGGUGACAGAGGCGGAGAUGAGUGCCAAAUCUAUUAGUGAUAUGUUUGACGGUGUGAAACACACUGCCGAGAAAGAAUUAAAACAGCUAAAAGAUGAUUCAAGGAAAAGGGACGAGGAACUCAACUCAAGUGUUCACACUUUAAAAAAGAAAAAUGUUGAAUUACAGGAGUCCAUCACUGAUCUCCGUAGUAGAUCAAUGAGAGAUAACCUAGUUUUUUGUGGUAUUCCUGAGAAAAGAAACGAAAACUGUGAGGUGGUGCUGCGUAAUUUCAUAAAAGAUAAGAUGAAAAUCUACGAUUACAUAUCAUUCGAGAGAGUGCACAGAAUGGGAAAAUUCGAGGAGUUCAACACAAAACCCCGAAACAUAGUGGCGAAAUUCUCGUUCUUCCAAGACAGAGAGUACGUUAGAUCACAAGCCCCUCGGAAAUUAAAGGGAACUCACGUUUGGGUCAACGAACAGUACCCCCCGGAGGUUGAAGAGCAGCGUAAAAAACUGUACCCUGUAAUCCGUCAGGCCAGAAAAGAACACAGGCGUGUUAAACUCGUAAAAGACACUUUGUAUGUUGAUGGCGAAUUGUACGUGCCCGAAGAACAGGAAUCCGCUCCACGCAUGGAAGUGACGCGCUCGCUCGAUCAGGCAGCAGGAGGGCAUUCGGCCAACCUCGCAAACACACCGUGGACUCAUCGCGGAACCCCCACAGGUACUAACCGUGCAAACAGUGACAGUGAUACAGACACUAGAUCACCGGUACACAAAAAAUUCCGUUAUAAUGGUCCAGUUUCUUCCACAUACUAG